GCUUUUUCUGACUGGCUUGUUCACUUAGCACAAUAUUCUCAAGGCCCAUCCAUGUUGUCACAAAUGGCAGAAUUUUUAUACUGGUGAGUAACAUGUUUCUGAGCAUUUAGUUCUCUGAACCACUGCUGUCGUUGGAUAUAGGUAGUGAGUGUGGAGAUGAGGGGACGUUUGAGCAUUAUCAUGUUAUGUUUGAUAUAACUGAAGAAUAUUUGAAACAUUGGUUCUGAAGCAUUCCUGUUUCAUAAAUGAACAUCUGUGAGCCCACCACCUAUGAAGGAACUCGAGCAUCACCCAUACCCACAACAUGCUUUUUUGGUUGUGAUUAUAUCAACUUGAUAUCAACCAAAGCUCUGAUCACCAGGAUUUAUACAAUGAAAAGUUUUGGAGACAGAACUUUAUAAAACAUGAGAGAGAAAAGUAAGUAGAGUCCUUGUAUACUGAGGUGGAAACCAGUGGAUUCAAUCGAGUCCUUAGUAAGCAACCUCUAAUUAUUCGAGGUGCAGGCACAUAAAGGUUAAGCAAGAAACUUGUCUAAAAUCACAAAGUAGUUACUGUUAGAACUCGAAUCAAAACUUGUUCUAACGUGAGGGUUGUAAAUAACAUGCCAGGAAGUGCUAAUGAUUUCCUGGCUAGAAAGCGGCUGUUACUGAAGGGCAGUACUGUUUCUUGGCCGGUGCAUCCACAGUGAAUCAGUACAGUCCUUGAUCACCUUUUGUUCCUGUGCACACUGUUUUGUGUAUAAUUUGUGUUCUAUUAUUAUAUUGAGUGAUAUAUCUUAGGGACUGAAAGAAACAUGAUAGAAAGACUUUAAGAAAAAGUAGACUUUGUAAUUACUCUGUUUGUGCUUUGCUUUGCAUAACCCCUUGUCAUUAGAAUUUCUCUCCUCUUGACUUUUCUCCUGACCGGCGCCUGCGGCAGUCCUGCUGCCCCUCCUGCUUUGGAGCUGCGGCUGCCUCUGUGCCCUUCCUGUUCAUACACCCUCGGUUAUCUGUUUGUUUGUAUACCUUCCCUGUUAGACUAAGUCCUUUGAGAGCUGGCACCAUUACUUGUUUGACUUGAAUGCCCUAGGACCUAGCUCACCCCUCCCUUCAUUCACCCGCCCGUCUGCCCAGCCCACUGAGUAUUAAUUGAGGACCCACUGUGUUCCAGGCAGGAUUCCAGAAGCUGGGAGAUCGAGGGUAACAGAUUCUCAUGGGACUUUCAGUUAUUAAGGAAUCACACAAAUGUUUAUAGAAAUAUAACAAGUUGUAAAUAUAUCUUCCAUUAUAUCACCUAAUUGGAUAUAAGAAGGUUAUUGGGUUCUGUAUGUUUAUAUGUUUUAAUCUAGGCAUCUGAAUUUUUUCUUUAUAAUUGAUUCUCUUGGUUUUUCUAAGUUUGAUAAAAUUAUUUACGUGGAAAAUCAUCCCUCCCCCCCAACUGUUGUACUGUUAUGGUUACUUACAGAGUUUUGAAUAUUGAACUAUUUCUGCAUUUAUGGUGUAAAGUCCACUUUGUUUUGACACAUACUCCUUUACUGUGCUGGCGGGGCCUCUUCACCUAGGGUGUCUGCAUCUGUGCUUACAAGCAAAGUUUAUCUGGGCUCCCUUUCAUGCUGUCGUCGGGUUUCUGCAUUGGAGCUUAUUAACUUUGCAGCAAGAGUUGGGCAGUUCAGAGGAUUUAAAUGUAAUAAAUUAAUACUGAAAGUGCUUUUGUAUAGAGACUGGGACUGACAGAUAGGUGUGUAAUUUCAGUUAGGUUAAAACUUUCUAAUUCCCUUUGGUUAAUUGUUGUAAUUACCUAAGCAAUCAUUUAUGUUUCAAUUAUUACUUGGUUGUUGAGAACUUGAUUUGAGAAUUACUGUCAUGCUAAAUUUAAGAAAAACACUAAUUUUUGAUACUGGACGUCUUUAUGAAAGAUUGUAUUAUGAAACUGGAAAUAUAAAAAAUAAAGAAUUGAGGUCUUGUCCUUAUGUAGUUCAAUCCAAGAUACCUUCUUUUGAUUUUUAAAAAAUUUUUAUUUGCUUUCAGAAAUAAACAUUUGUUUAGCUCUGACAGGCAAAUUAUUUUUUGAGAAAAUUUGUUACGAAAUGCAUUUUGCAUCGUUGAGGCAGAAAGUGGAUUAGAGUAUAGUUUUCAUGGAUAAGACAUUAUGACUAAGCAAUAACAUCUUUGAUGCCUUCUUGCUGUGUUGGAUUUUAUUUAACUUAAAGUGAUUUAAAUAACUGAAGAAAAUUAAAGUGCACAAUCAUAUUUGAUAGUUUCUUAAUAACAACAGAUUGAAAUUCCAUGUUUGGGAAGCAUACAAAAUGCAUUUUAAAAAUAAAAAGAAGAUUUCAUUUUUAAAUCCUAAAGGACACAAAACCUUUCUCCCAAGAGGGAUGUAAUCUAUAGCGCAGAGAGGUGGUUACAGAGGCGUCCAACUAAUUUAAUGACAGCCCGUGUUAUCACAUUCCAGUGGUCAGGAGCCUGUCCUCUAGCACAGUGUAGAAGCUUAAAGAAUUCUUGAAAGAUUUCAUCAAUUUCUUUGUAGAGGACUUGAUUCAUUAAAAUAGAUUUCUCAUACUUUGUUUUAAAGAAGUAUAUUUAUACCCAGGAUGCAUAUGCAUCUGAAGUAGGAGAGAGCCUUUGGUACUAAGUUUUGUCUGAUAGGCAUUCUUACGAUAGUUAAUUGACUGAGGCUAUCAUUUGGAAUUACUGGCCCUAUGUAUGUGUGGAGAAAUCAGAUAAAUAACACAUCUGUAUCAUAGUGGAUAAGAACUUGGGCUCUGAGGUUAGUUUUAAUAAAAUAUAUUAUUUGGUACAUAAAUUUGAUUUCUGGUAGAAAUAAAUUGAGGCUACAGUCCUGUUAAACAGACUUCAUCCAGAGAAUAGUCGAAUAGGUCAACAGUUCUUUACUUCUUUGAGUUUUAACACUUUACCAAUGAAAUCCUCCCCUCCCCUUUCUUUUUUCCUGGACUAGCAAGAAUAUUUUCAUCUAACACAUUUAAAAUUUUUGCUUUCAACAGAAAUUAGCAGAGUACGGAAAGACAUGUACAAUGACACAUUAAAUGGCAGUGCAGAGAAAAGGAGUGCAGAGUUGCCUGAUGCGGUGGGACCUAUUGUUCAGUUACAAGAGAAACUUUAUGUGCCUGUGAAGGAGUACCCCGACUUUAAUUUUGUUGGGCGAAUCCUUGGACCUAGAGGACUUACAGCUAAACAGCUUGAAGCAGAGACGGGAUGUAAAAUUAUGGUCCGCGGCAAAGGCUCAAUGAGGGAUAAAAAGAAAGAGGAGCAAAAUAGAGGCAAGCCCAAUUGGGAGCAUCUCAACGAAGAUUUACAUGUGCUGAUUACUGUGGAAGAUGCUCAGAACAGAGCAGAGAUCAAGCUGAAGAGAGCCGUGGAGGAAGUGAAGAAGCUCCUGGUGCCCGCAGCAGAGGGGGAAGACAGCCUGAAGAAGAUGCAGCUGAUGGAGCUCGCGAUUCUGAACGGCACCUACAGAGACGCCAACAUCAAAUCACCAGCCCUUGCCUUUUCUCUUGCAGCAACAGCCCAGGCUGCGCCAAGGAUCAUCACUGGGCCAGCGCCUGUGCUCCCACCAGCGGCCCUGCGCACCCCGACGCCAGCCGGCCCCACCAUCAUGCCUUUGAUCAGACAGAUACAGACGGCGGUCAUGCCCAAUGGCACUCCUCACCCCACGGCUGCAAUAGUUCCUCCUGGGCCCGAGGCUGGCCUGAUCUACACGCCCUACGAGUACCCCUACACGCUGGCACCAGCCACGUCAAUCCUUGAGUACCCUAUUGAACCUAGCGGUGUAUUAGGUAUGGCUUUCCCAGCGAAAGGCUAAGAAUUCAAGAACGGUCUUAACCGAACUCUCAUCAGAUCUGAACUUAACAAAUGCUUAGUUUCAGCAGCACGGGGGGAGGGACGCUUAGCCUAGCAGUCAGUGGCUUACUUGCACUUUUUGCACACUGAUAGAAAGUCAAAGUAUGCUAUUAAUUUGGUUUAGUCUAUAAUCUUACAAAGUAACGGUAAUUUAUAAAGGAGUGUGUAGUAGUAUGCUGACUGCUAAGUGUACUGUACUGUUUGCUUUACUAAUCACCUAAUUCAUUGCGGUUCAUACUUAUUGACUCAGAGUUUAAAACCACAAUCUGUAGGCUUUAAGAAUUGCUUAUAAACCUUUUUAAGUGAUAAACUCUGGAAGUGGUCUUAAGGUUAGCAAGUAAUUGUCAGUAUUAAACAUGGCAUUAUUUUAAAUGGUCCUGCUGCAAAAGGCACGUCAGUGAAUAUGUGACUAGUAAAGCUCCAAUGUUUGCAUCUCUUAGAGCUCAUGAGAUACUGUUAACCUGGGAUUGUAAAUGAAUGGAUAACAUAGGUUAAGGCCAAGACGUUUGAAGUGAAUGCAAUAUGAGUAGACGCAUAUAUACGCAACAUAUUAUGGUUAAUUUUAAAACUACUGUGCCUUAACAUGUUUCUUAAAAUGACAUUUUUGUAGUAAAUGAACAUUUGAAAUCCAUUUUGAUAAA